ACUUUCAGAAUAAUUAUGUGAUACAAAUUGUGAUAUAAAAAAGAUUAAUAAGAAUGUUGGAGGGGCUGGUCACCUGGUUCCUCAACAACUACUUAGGGAAGUAUCUGGAGAAUGUGGAUACUCAUCAGCUGUCCAUUAGUUUAUUGCAGGGUGAGGUUGAUCUACAGAAUGUUCCCUUCAGAAAAGAUGCCCUCCGCUUUAUUGAACCGAGUCUUGAGGUAAAAAGUGGGAUAGUUGGACAUAUAAAGCUUACUAUUCCAGUCUCGAGGCUUAGGUCAGUCCAGGUUGAGAGUAAGCUCCAGGUCCUGGAUGGUAUAGAAUCUGACUGGAGAGCUGCUCAUGAGAGUCCCUCCUCCUCCUCCUACUAUCCUGCAUACUCAUCCUGGAUAAACUUCGGGGAGUCAUACAUAGGGACCAUACUAGAGAACCUGCAGAUCCAUAUCCGUGAUGUUCAUGUUCGAUAUGAAGACGACAUUUCCCAACCCGGUCACGUGCAUGCAGCAGGGUUUAUCCUUAAAUCCCUCGUUGCGCAAACUUGUGAUGAAACGUGGUCACCGCGCUUCGUGCACAGGGAUCCUGCACAGGGACAGAUGGAAGCAUUCAAGAUUGUUGAGAUGGUGGAUAUGUGUGCUUACUUGGAUACAGACACCAAUACCUGGGAUAUUAAUCGUAAGGUUGGAUUUUAUUUGUUGUGUUUAGUCGUAAGUUGGAUUUUAUUCGUUGUGUUCAGUCGUAAGGUUGGGAGGAUUUUAUUUGUUGUGUUCAGUCGUAAGGUUGGGAGGAUUGUUGGAAACCUUCAGCUUAACACAAUAUCCGUCCAGCUUUCAGAUAUACAGUACCAGAGGAUAAUAGAUAUGUGGAGAGCUGUCUGUAAAGAAGAGCAUCUCCUGCAUCAAGAUCAUCUUGUUCUUCUUCAGCAGAGCUGUCUAGAAAGGAGUACACUGUUAAGUCUGGUAUCAUUAGCAAAGGACAAUGUGAUGUAUGUGGAGGCGUUCAUGAACCACCUGGAGAACCCGGCAUCACAACCUGAACUUCUCAAGAUUGUAAAGGAUCAUCAAGAUCAGAUUCGGUCUUACGAAGAACUGAAAGCACUCAGAGAAAUUGCUGUUAUCAGAUUGAAGCGAAAGCUUGGGGAAACAACCCCGGGUUUUCUAAGUAAAAGUCCCUCUGGAUCUGAAGUUGCAGAGUCCAAGGAGGCCCCUGAGGCCCCCUCUGUAUUGCAGCAAUGGUUCCCUCUGUACGGAGGCUGGUAUGGUACACAUGAAGAGGACCAGAGUCUACCUAAGGUUGAGGAGUUCCUUCAGUCCUUGAAGUCCAUGCGGGAGGAGUCUGAAGUGAAAUCACACAAAGAUGUUGUUUUCAGUCAUCUAGAGGUUCAUCUUGAUCAAGGAUCUCUUCGCCUGCUCCAACAGGGUGCCAGCCUGUUAGACUUUCAGUUCAGUGGAGUAAAGCUUGAGCAUGAGAGCAGGCCAAGGGUUGGUGGGCAGAUGCUUGGACUAACAGUUGGCUCUAUUCUUCUCAGACUGCAGGAAGCUAAGUUGAGAACUCAGGAGGAAUUCACAAGGAACCUGAACCAGAUGCUAGCAGGCUCUACACUAGAUAAGAAGGUUUGGGAUGUAAUGUUAGAUCUAUCAGCUCCCAAAUUACUGAUUCCUGAUCAGUUUGAUGAUAAACAGGCUGCUUUGGUUGUUAUUGAUUUCGGAAAGUUUCAAUUGAAUAAUCAGGUUGGAUCGGAGAACCAAGAGGCAGGAAACAAGGAGGAACAGCGGCGGGGCGGUAGCGUCUUAGGCAAUGACGACGAUGAAGACGAUGACGAGUUUUUAACACCGGCCAGCAGUCCGGAACCGGAACUAGAACCAGAAGAGAUCAAAACUAGACCAGAAUCAGACCAAUACACGAGUGAACUGAGUGAGGAAGAAAGGAAACAGAAGUUGAGCCGUAUGCUUCCCCAAUCAGAUUCAGGUGGAGCAGAUGUUGAAAGUUGCCAAACAUUGUUGUACAACAAGAUGUACGAUAGAUUUACUGUUGAGUUCAAGGACAUUCAGAUUAUCAUUGCUAAAGUAAAAGAUAAUUGGGUUGGAGCACAUGCUAAGGGAAACUCAGGACUCCAUCUAGUGGACAGAUUCUCAAUCAAUCUUCACCUUCACCGCCGAACUGUUGAUACUGUGGAUCCUGCCUGGCCAAGCGUUGUCGUCUCAGGAAACCUUCCUCGUCUUAGGGUUCAUUUUAACGAGGAGAAGAUGUUGACUGUCAAAUAUUUCCUGGAGAAGAUGAUCGGACCUGAGCUCACCGGCAAGAAGGUCGGCGGGAGCAGCAGUAGAAACUUGAAAAAUCCUUCUCCGCCUCCAACACCAGACGGAGAGGGGGCGGAGGGAGGCGGAGACACUCGUUCCGUGAGUCCGGAACCCCUGGCCCUGUUCCAAGGCUGGGAACCAGGCGAGGGCGUGGAUCUUGAGUCCCGCCUUCUCCUGGCUCAAUUUCUAGUUUCUGAUCUAGCUCUAGAUAUUCAAUCCCAGGGUAUACCUGUGGUAGAACUGCAGCUGACCAGCCUAAAGGCGGGGAUCACCAGGCGACCCUUCGAUAUGAACUUUAAUCUUUCAGUUCAGUCCCUUCUACUGGUGGAUGCCCUGCAGUCCCUGGGUCCCGACUACGAGCUGUUGGUCGCCUCACACAAGCACGUCAUGGUCGACAGUGUCAGUGGAUCCCUAAAAGGUUCUGAGCCUGUAUCUCCUGGUUCUCCUGGUUCCCCUGGUUCUCCUGAUCCCUUCUCCACCAUCUCCCCCAACCAUCUUGAUAUCACUAGAGCUCUCUCCAAUCUAUCCAGUCCCGCCCACUACCCCGGCUCCCCGCCCCCUGGGUUUAUCAACUCCCCGCCCCCUGGUGAGCAGGGGAGUAGAUCUCCACUCCCUCCUGGUCCUCCUAGAUCCCCAGCACUCCUCCCUGCACUGCAUAUAGACUCUGCUGACCCGAAUGCUUUGAUAACUGUUGAGGUGCUGCUGGUCAGCCCAUCCUGUCCAACCCUGGAGUAUAAAGAACAUCUUAAAAUAGUCAACGUUCAGUUUAAUUCAUUGGAUAUCAUUGCCAAUCAGGAAACUAUAAUAGAAUUAAUCGGAUUUUCUCGUCGUGUGUUCCCUGAAAAUUCUAGUGCCAGGAACGAAUCCUUCGCUGAUCUUGUGGAGCAGGAACCAGUGUACCCUGACCAGCCUUCAGAGCCAGGAACAGAUGUAAGUGUAAGAACUGAGGUUACUGCUGAUUUUCAGCGUUUAAAUCUCCUGCUGCUCCGGGCUGGGUCGGGAAAACGUAUUGGAACAGCGCUAUUAACAGAUGCUAGAGUACAAGGCUCAUUUUCUGAUCGGGUUUCUGCCUCCGGGUCCUUGGGAGGUCUACAGAUCAUUAACCUUCUCUCAUCCUCCCCUACUCAUCAGAGAAUCUUGUCUGUUGGUCGGGAACCUUUAAUUGGUCGAGGAGAUGAAGCUAAUCCACCUCUAUAUUCAUCACAUAUGGAUGAGAGCAAGCAGGCCUUCACCUUCAACAUCAGGCAGCACAAGGAGGAGAUGGAGGGAACGGAGGGGGUGGAUCAGAGGAUGGAGGAUUCGCUCUCAGAUUUUAACAUGUUCAAUAACCCCCCUGGUUUAUCGCCGGCUUUCAGGAAUUGUGUAUCUGUUGAAUUACAGAUGUCGUCUGUAGUGUACACAAACUCAUCACCUUUCCUCCAGGAGUUGAAUUGUUGUGCCGCAGAUUUCAAGAGAUGUAUGGCCAACCUGGCGAGCUCUAUCACACAGGCUGCUGCAGAGAUGGCACUAGGCAUUGUACAGAUGAGAGUAGGUGAUGUACAGCCAACUACAGACUGGAAUAAAUCAAUAAUAAAUCAAGGAAUAUCCGCCCCUGCUCCAACUCCACGCCUCUGCCGCUCUCAGGAUAAACUAAUCCUCCGCCUCAAUGCCGUUCUGCAAACUCCUGUUGUUGUUUUCCCCAGGAAUGAGACAAGUCUUGAGGUUCUUGUUGCUCAUCUUGGACAAAUAUCAGCAUCCAACCUUUAUCUGACACAGGAGCAGAUAAAUCAAUAUCCAGAUCUUCCCCCUGACUGUCUGGAGGUGGAGAGGGUUAAUAUCAGUAUAAAGAAUAUAAAUCUGAACUCCUUGAAUAUAUUGUCUAAACUUGAACCAAGAUCUACCAGAACUCUAGAAGGUCAAAUAUCCCAGCUGACAGCGCUGCGGCUCUACGAGUGUGGCAAAUUUGGAGUUCCUAUAAUCCAUGAUACAAGUCUGGAUAUCACUCUAGACCUUAUUACACGAUCAGAGCUAGGAGGGGUUGAAUCCUUCCACUCUGGUUUCUAUUUGGACCCUUGUGAAGUAGGUCAGGGUGAUGUUGGUGAGUGUGGCGGUGAGAUGAUCCGGGUGGCGGGCCGGGUGAUGAACCCCCUCAAGAUCUCGUUAUCCAGGAACCAGUACAAACAGCUUUUGGAGACAAUGCAGAGCCCUCUGGAGGAAAAGGAGAAGAUUAAAGCAGAGUCUGGGGUUAGUAUGAGCAAAACAGAAGAGAAGAAGGAGGAAGGAAAAACAAGAAGAAUCCUUGGAACCUUCCACCUUCCUCUCCUCUCCCUGGAACUCAGAAGGGACGCCCUUAACGCUGAUAUGGAGCCUGGUAUCGUCAGCCUCACCUUCACCGACUUUGGUGUCGAGUUCGAGAAGGUCGAGACCUUCUCCAGCAGGACGGAGAUCUCCCUGAAGGGGUUGAUCAUGGAGGACUUGCUACUAGACGACUUGUCCCCUCACAGGAUCCUGAUGGUUUCCUCUGGGCUGAAACCAAGUCAGUAUUCAGAAAAGAAAACUGGAGUCUCCACUUCCUGUCCUAACCUAGCCCGGAACAGACAUGAUAAGGAUAUAAAGUCAAAAUCUCUACCCGGCUCUCUUGAUCCAAAGUUUAUAUUUGGGGGUCGUCCAGGGACCCUCCGCCAUUCGGAUGUGAGGCGAAUGACCCGGGCUGCAGCUCCAGAUACCCCUCCGCCUUCGGCAUGUUCCUCACCCGAAGACUCGUCACAGCGACUUUACAAUGAGGUUCGAAGCGGAGAAAAUCUUGUAAAUGUGAGCAUCACUAAUAUAGAUCCUAACCACCCCGAGCUUGAGUCUGGCAUGAGGAACAUCACCAGGCAUGUGAUGGUGGAUUUCAACUCCCUGGAUAUAAACUUCAACCUGGAGACCUGGGUUGUAGUCCUCAACUUCUUCGGAAUUGGGUCCGGAGGCGACACCUUGGAACCCAGCAGGACUAGUAGCGUGGAGGAGGAGGAGAUGGGAGGGAAGACGGAGUUAGAGAUCCUGGUUAAAUCCUUGUCUGUUUGCUUUAAUAAACAGCAUAAAGAUCUUUUCCAGGCUACCAUGCUGAACUUCUCCAGCAAGUUGUUGCUAGCCCCUGGAAACUUCAGUAUGGAAGGAGAACUUGGAAACUUCUGUAUUAAGGAUUUGACGCCAUUCGGAUUCUUGUAUAAAGAUAGAUUUCUCUGUAGAGGGGAGCAGAUACUUAGGUUUAAAUUCUACAAGUACUCCCCUCCUGACCCCGAGCUGGUCCGGGAGUACGACUCCUCCCUUGAGCUGGAGAUGAAGAGAAUCACGUAUACCCACACCCAGAGGUUCAUCAACACCCUCAUAGACUUCUUCACCAGUUUCCAACAACUUCAAGCUACCAUAGAUACAUUUAGACCUCCUCAACCCAACAGGAGAGUUGGGUUUAAACCUGCAGAGUUUGGAAAGGAGCGAGGAACAAGACUACUUCUCCAGGUUAAGAUUAGUUCUCCUCUCCUGGUUCUACCACAGUACUGGAGCUCAACCAAGGUUCUGCUCCUGGAUUUACAGUCCCUGGAGAUCAAAAAUAUGUUCAGAUUUGCUGGCGAUGAGGGAACUAUAAGUGCUACUAAGCUUAGUACUCUGAGAUCUGGAGAGCUUGGAGGUCGAAGGUCACGGGUACACACAGGGUCAGCCUCAUCACAGAGGUCAAUGUCAUCAGCGAGAUCAAGGUCAAGAAGAAGCAAUAGAUCAGCAGGACGAGGGAUGAGUAGUGAUGAAGAUUUCUCUGCUCCAGCUCCCCUAGCCCCAGCACACCGGUGUCUCCUUGAUGUGAUGAACAUUGAGCUCCGGGGUCUAGAUCUUGAAGCAGGAGAGAGGGUUUCUGCAUUCAUCAGGGAUGAGGAUAAGCUAGCGUCUGAUGUAAGUAUAGGAAGCUGUAUUCUAAGGAGAGAUGGGAUUCUUCUUCUCAAGGAACCAGCUCAGCUCAAACUACAGUUAGAACGAAACUUAGAUAAAGGAUUUUCUCACAAUGUUCCUGAUCUGAGUAUGAAGGGUUUGCUGUCCAGUGUCCACGCUGUUGUAGAUACUAAACAGUUUAUUCUUAUCAAAGGAUUACUCGGAUAUAAUCUGGGAGAGCAGAUAGAUACUAGCUCUGAUACAGAGGAUAUACUGGGAGCAGUAAGUGAGGACCCAAACCUGCUGUGGACGACCAUGUUCAUGGAUAUAGAACUCCAGAAUGUGAGUGUGGAUCUGGUGAACCAACGAGAAACCUCCAACUACGAAGUCCCGGACUCCAAUAUCGCCGCGGGAUCCGGAGAUGCUAAAUCCAACCCGUCCCGGAGAGAGUCUAAAGCCGGUCAACCAACCCUGGCUCGGGUCAACUUUAUCAAAUCCAGACUAGGCGGGCAAACUCAUAGAUUAGAUAGUUAUACCUCUUUUCAAUUUUAUGUUCAGAUCUUUAUUGCUUUUGUCAUUGACAUUGCCAAUGUCAUUGCCAUUGCCAUUGUCAUUGCCAUUGUCAUUGCCAUUGCUAUUUUUGUUCAGGCUGAAGUACAUUUCCGCAGUACAGCUGAUGUAAACCGGUUUACAAUCCUGCUGAACAACAUGAGGUUAAUGUGUGUACUGGACUGGUGGAUGCUUGUACUUAACUUUAUAUCUAGAGCGCCUGAUGCCCCCAUAUCCUCAACCACCGAGCAACCAACUGAUAAAAAACAGACGAGGAAGAAUGUUGAUCUUGCAGCUGAGCCCUUGUAUCCUACUGCUGGAGUCAUUACUAGAAGAUACCCUGUUAUUGAGAGUUCAGGACCCGUUUUUGAGCUCAAGCUGAACAUCACAGACUCGGAGGAAACCAAUUCUAAAUGCAUUUAUUUCGAGAAACCCCUGUCGUGUAACCUGAACAAUGCUGAGGUGUUCUCCUGUAUCCUGGGGAAGGAGGAGGAGACGGCCCUCUCCAUCAUAGACCCCGUCACUGUCAACCUUGAGAUAUGGGGGCGGGGGGAUCUGUGCCCCACACCUAAAGGAUUGAUGGAUCUCAAGGAGGAAUCUAAGACUGAAAGAGUAGCAGACAUUCAGCUUCAACAACUUAACAUUCGACUCUCCUAUCACGAUGCAAAAAUGUUCAAGCAUAUAUUGGAUUCUGUUCCUCGUCAGGCACAGGAUGCGCUGCAUAUAUUGGAUUCUGUUCCUCGUCAGGCACAGGAUGCGCUGGCAGGGUCAUCUGCAGGGUCAACUUCAAACUCUAAUCAGGAUUCGGAACCUGCAAAUAUACGGGCGCAAUGUGACCAGCUCGCUGCUAUGGGAUUCCAGAGAUCAGACUGCUUACUUGCUCUUAAGGAAACCGGAGGCCAGGUAGAUGAGGCUGCCAUAUGGUUAACACAAAACGCUAAGCCUCAAAUCUCCCGUUAUCACAACAAUGAUUCCAGAACAGCUGGACUUUAUUGUGCAGACUCCGCUAUCAGUUUCUCCACUAUUCAGUUGAAAUUCUCGAGCGUGAAUCUGGUUAUUAUUGACGACUGUAAAGACGCAGAUUGCCCCCUCAUUGAACUUAGUUUGAGUCAACCGCAGCUGAAGCAGCAGUAUAAUGGUGACGGAGAGCUUCACGCUAAUAUAUCAGCUUCUUACUACAACAGAGAGCUGUCGGCUUGGGAACCUUUUGUAGAACUUUGGACUUGUGCAGUCUUUUGGACUAACAGGCUUAGCCGGCGGAGGAAUAAACUAAGUUUACAUAUUAAAUCUGAUGACGUCAUUAAUCUAAACAUAACUUCAGCUAUGCUAGAGUUGUACCGUGUUGUCCGGACGAACUGGGGUGAGGACUACUAUAGAGGAGAGGACGGUUACAAGGACGAGGAGUGCUUUCAGGAGGACGAACAGGGAAACAGGAGGGUGUAUGAGGCGUGUACUCCCGGUAUAAGAAGAAGAAUUCCUUUUGUACCCUAUGCUCUGUACAAUAACACAGGAUGCACCCUCUGGUUCUUGCCUAAGUUGGUCAGCACAGACUCUAAAUAUACCCGAUCCAGAGACUUGUCUGAGAUGGAUUAUGAUCAGGAUAGAACAUGGAGACAGGUUAAAGAUGGAGAAACUGUUUCUUUUGCCUUCAAAACUAGAUCCAAGAUUCGGCAUGAGAACACACACAAGUCGGACACACAUCUACUUGUCGUUAGGGUAGAAGGCUGGAAGGAGUGUAAACAACUUUCCGUCGAUAAGGUUGGAACUUUUUUCCGAAAUGUGCAUGCGGAGAGGAGAACUGAUUCAUUAACUGAGAUUCCCCCGGCCAGACUAGUUUUCCAGAUAUCUCUAGAAGGAUCUGCUAGAAAGCUGAUAGCUGUCCGAUCAGCUUUAGAGAUAGAAAAUCUACUGGAUAUACCCUUUAGAAUAAGAUUAGAAAACAUAGCUUUGCGAGUAGCAGAUACUAAAGAGAUUGAGGUUAAACCUGGAGCACGCACUCCGCUACCCCUUCUCUACUGCUGGGCUAAUAUACUAGCUAGACCGGUCAUAUCCAGCUCACAUCAGUGGGAGUUUAGUAAGACCCCAAUCCAUUGGUGCCAUAUUCUUCAUCACUCUAAUAAUACACUUGAAAUGCAUGAGUCAAAACACAAGACGAGUGAACAACUGGAUUCUUUUCGUUUCUGUGUUGCUGUCUGCAGAGUGAAAGGGUUUCCUGACGAAUCUGUUCCUAUUACACCCAGCUCCAAGGCGUGGAUUCAGCCGGCUCAUUUAAUCAGUAUUAUACCUCCUUGUACUGUUAUAAACCUUCUACCCUGCAGUAUACAGUACACAGUACAGGGUGAGAAAAUAACUGGCAGUGUGGGAGCCGGUCAGCAGGCUCUUCUCAGUCUUGAUAUAUUCACUCCAUUUAUUAUAGAACUGGGAUUAGACGGAUAUCCUGGAGUUGGUUCCUUAAUCAUACAACCUGGAGUCCAGCCUUUCCAGGCUAGAAUAAAGUUGCUGGAUUCCCUUGAUAGGCCACUUUAUCUUAUUGCAAGGGUUGCAGUACAAUAUGGAGGCUCUGUACACAUCACUAUUUACUCACAGUACUGGCUGGUUAACAAAACAGAUUCAGGACAGUAUGAUGAGCAUGAGCAGGCUAGGAUGAUUGUUCCACUACUCUUCUCCAUCUCAAACACUGACUCCCCACCUGGCCUUGUUGUCAGGAUUGGAAGUGGAGUACAUCCGGAAGGAAAGACAAAAUGGUGCAAACACUUUUACCUACAGUCUGCGGCUUCAGUUCGAAGGUUAAGAGUUGACCCUCCUGACAAGCGACCCGAAUGGGUUUAUAUUGUUGGUAUUGACGUGAGACAGGGCAGAGGAAGGUAUAGGGAUACAAAUAUAGUUACUAUAUCUCCUAGAUUCCAGAUCUACAACCAGUCCCCUCACAUGCUUCUCCUAUCCCAGCUACAGUUUGCAACCUCCUUCAAGGAUCCUGCAGCACAGAGUACAUUUCUUACAGAGUGCCAGUGGUCCGGGGGAAUCAUUAUAGAGAAGGUUGAUUCAUUUCAGCUUUCUCUCAGAGAUAUUCAGGGACACAUACAUUUUCUGAGGAUAGAGAUCAGUCUGUGUAAUUCUACAUUCUGUAUUGUCAUCUCUUCUGCAGAGUCCUUUCCCCCACCAUUCAGGAUUGACAACUUAUCAGAGGUAUCGAUCACCUUCCAUCAGACUGGAGUAGAUGACCACUUUCAGCUGUCAAUGGUGAAGCCUCAUUCUUCAGUGCCUUAUGCUCUAGAUGCCCCGGUUCUUCCACCACAUUUAUCUAUUACAGCUCCAGGAGCAUCUUCUGCAACCUAUAAUAUGAACAUAGAUGGACCUGGAGGCGAGCUGACUUAUGAGAACUUUAUUUACUUGGCAUUUACAGCAACCUUCGACUUAGUUUGGGGGAUGGAAGAGUCAAUGAGUGGUCAGGAGCUGGUGCUUGAUGUUCCAGAAGGAAGUAGGGUGGUUCUCAGUAAAAAGUCUGGGGCAAAGCGCUCCCAGCUCUGGAGGAUGACCAGCACAGGGAUGCUGCAGCAUGAAGGGUCAUCUCCGCCCCAGGAUCCGAAGAAACCCUCAGAUGCCUCUAGAUAUCUAGUCCUAGAUAUAUCUGGUCCUAGUGUGCUUCAGGAUGAUUUUGUAACCUUGUCUCUAAGAAAGCAUGAUCCAAGAAGAUCACUCACCCAACAAUGGAAGUUUACAGAGGAUGGUCGACUUUGCUGCCAGCACUCUGGGUUAUAUGUUCAGGCAAAGAACGGAUAUAUGGGAAUGCUGGCUGGUCAGGAUGCUGUUCUGGGACCAGAGUCUGGUCUCUGCUUGAGAAGAACUUCAGGGGGUAUUCCAGUAGAACAAGCUCUAUCCAGACAGCGCUUGCGCCCUGGCAGUGGUUUCCUGGGGGUCCAAGUGCUAACAGAUGGACCAACUCGUGUACUGUAUCCUUGUACCAGAUACCCUGGAGAAGAGCUACUGUACAUAACAUUAAGCAAUAUUGUAAUAGACUUCCAGCAGCUACCAACAGCUGUUCAGGUGGACGGAUCCGUUCAGAAUAUUCAGAUUGAUACACAGGUAUGUGACUCUGUCCAACCUGUCCUACUCUACCUAUCCCCGACUAAUAAAUCUGAUGACGGUCGUCAUCUACCUGCCAUGCAUUUUGGUAUUCAGCGGACCCCGGGCACCCCGGGUAAUCAUAAUGUUGAGAUCUUCAAACACUUCAUCCUCACCGUCAAGAACCUCACCCUUAACAUAGAGGAGGAAUUGCUGUACAAGCUAUAUAAAUUCAUAAGCCUCGCCUCGGCCCACGUGGAAGAUGAUGAAACAGCGGAUUUCAACAAUCUGGAUCAUCUUCUAUCCAAGAUGGCGUCCAGUCCCCAGCUGUCCAGAUAUUAUAUUGGAACCUUGAAGCUGACUCUAAACCAGAUAAAACUAAGUGUACAGAAGUCUAACAAGCUGCGACAGGAUUUACAGGAAACUAAGAAGAAGCUGGGGCUCAGUUUGAUCACAUUUGAGGAUGCCUCAAUAGAACUUGAUCCAUUCUGUAAAACUCAUCUUUUCGAAACCUUUCCCUUUCUGAGCAGUGAAAUUAUAAAACAUUAUCAGGAUGAACUCAUCUCACAGGCUGUUUUGAUACUUGGCUCCACAGAUUUCCUCGGCAAUCCACUAGGGUUCAUCAAUGAUGUAUCCGAGGGGUUUUCUGAGUUGGUAUCAGACGGAAACUUAGUUGGAAUGUUUAAAAACGUGACACAUGGCGCGGCAAACUCUACAGCAAAGAUGGCGGGUAGUCUUAGCUACGGUCUCAGCAAAUCAUGCGCUGAGGGAUAUGAUGAAAGAAGGCUGAUGAUUAGAAAGAAACAUUCAGAGAGUCUUGGGUUUGGUGUUCUGGGGGGACUCACAUCUAUGAUCACAGAACCCUUUGAAGGUGCACGCAUGGAGGGUGUUACAGGAUUCUUCCAAGGUGUGGGACUGGGAGUGGUGGGAACAGUCACAAAACCUGCAAUUGGACUCCUAGACUUUGCUACAGGGGCGGCUAGUGCUGUAAGAGAGUCUAGUAGAACUGGGCAUAGGUCUGCCCCAGGCCGGGUCAGGUUACCACGAGUCUGCCAGGGACAUGUAGGAACCCUUACCCCAUACAGUGUUGAGGAUGCAAAAGGACAAGCCUGGUUGUAUGCUAUCAAUGGGAAGAAUGUAGAUGAAAGGUUUAUUGCUUUUGAGAUGCUGAGUCAGGAUCAAAUGAUUGUGGUGAGCAGUGAGAAGGUGUUUAUCUUCAAGCUGGUUGAAGGUAGGGAGAAGGUGGUAGAGACUCUCGUCUACUCUGAUAUUAUUACAGCACAGUCUCUUCAGAUACAGGAGCAGGGCAGUACAGUACACUACCUGGAGCUGAUUCUUCGGACUGAACCUACUCCUGGCUUAGCUCCGCCUAUUAUUAAACGUCCACGGGUGUUGUGUGAGAGUAGUUUGAUUGCAUUGAAUGUUGCGGACAAGAUUAAUUUUGCAAAAAGUCAACAUGAGGAAAGACGGCAAGUUGUGAGCGUGGACUAGAUAUUAUGUACUGUUCGUACUGUACUCACCCUACUGUACAUGAACGUACGGUGAACCACCGUUGAUAACUUGAUUCAAAUUCUUAAUGGUAGUCGGCAACAUAGUAAAAUUAAAAACUCAAUCUAUUGGUUUAAGUAUUCGUUUUUCCUUCGCAAGUGCACAUCAAUUAUGUAUUUAUAAUCCAGCCAAUUAAAGCUAAAGCGAUCUCAGGGGUCUAAACCUCAGAAUUUGAACACAUUUUGCUUUUUAACUUAAUUUUUUUUUUUUUUUAAGUCCUACCCCUGAUUGCUUAUAGAUUAAAACUGUGAUAAAAAGUUGAUGAUUGAAAUAAAAUAGAAAAUAUUUUGAAAUAAAUUGAUUUAUUAAACAAA